GAGAAAGAGAGGAAAGGAGGGCGGGAGAGUAAUAGAAGAGAGAGAGAGAGAGAGAGAGGCAGAGAGAGACACAGAGAGAGAGAGAGAGAGAGAGAGAGAGAGAGAGGCAGAGAGAGACACAGAGAGAGAGAGAGAGAGACACAGACAGAGAGAGAGAGACACACAGAAAGAGAGGAAAGGAGGGCGGGAGAGUAAUAGAAGAGAGAGAGAGAGAGAGAAGAAGAAGAAAGAGUUCUUACUCAUUAAGCGAUCGUCCAAGUUCAGCUAAGCCCACACACUCUCUCUCUCUCUCUCUCUCUCUGCUGUACACACGCUCACACAGCGGUACACACACAUCGAUACAGACACAAACAGAAAGCAGAAGUGGAGAGAGGCUCUGGAUUUGGGGCGACGUGGUUGGUUAUGGCUCAUGGUUCUGACAGUAGUGAUUCCAGUUGUGUCAAAUCCCCUUCGCCAGCGAGCAGCAGGCGGGGCUCCUCAGACAACAUAAAGAAAGUAAUGAGAAGAGAGAAGAAUCGUAUCGCUGCCCAGAAGAGCAGGAUGAGACAGACCCAGAAGGCAGACAGUCUACACCUGGAGAGUGAGAACCUAGAGAAGGAGAACGCAGCACUGAGGAAGGAGGUGAAGAGACUAACAGAAGAGGCCAAGUAUCUCUCCUCCGUCCUGACUACCCAUGAGCCUCUCUGCAGCGGCCUGGCCCCUCAGACGACCCAUGACCUCCUGUACUCCCCCCACCACCACGGGAGCAGCGCCUUCCACCACAGUAUUGCUGUGUCUCACUACCAACACUGAUCGCCACAGACCAACAAGGGGGACUGGAGAGAAGCUGGAGAAGUUUAGUGACCUUGGUACACUGUGGCGCCCUACUUCCUUAGUAGUGCACUUCUUUUCACCAGAGCCCUAUGGGUCAAACAGUUGUGUACUAUAUAGAGCCACUUGGAACAGGAUGUGUAGAGGAUGGAGUAAAGACUGGCAUUUUGAAACGUCACAGAACAAGCAGCACUUAGGAAUGGUUUAAAAUAACAGAUGUUCUUAUUUUGAAAAGAUGACAGAAGGCAGUCUGAUAUAUAAAAUGACUUCCAAACCUUCCAAACCGGUCUCUUUGACGCGACUGUAGAAUCAGUCAAAUGGACAAUGAAAAAAUAGUCCAUGUCUAACUAUAGGAACAGAAAACCAACAUGAUCACGAUACCAGAACACCAUUUUGUGGAAAUGUUUCUUGUCCUCUAUUCAUACAAAGAUUAAUGAUACAAAUGAUUCCGUUUUAUAGGUUUACUUUUUUUCUCUCGUAUAUAACCUUUGACCCCUUCGAUCUUGGAGGGUUACAGUGUUUUUGUGCAUUGCUCUUGUGUCAGUUGUAGAUUUGAACCUUUUUUUUUAAAUAUUUGAAGUAACGCUGAACUGUAUCACUGUUUCUACAUUUUUCAACAGUUUUGUUUAUUUUAGUGUUUAUUGCCCUAAAAAAAAAAAAAAAGAGUGUAAUAGUGUAAUUGUUUUACUGGAAAUACUCAGGAUUUACAAUCCCACAUCGUAGAUGAUAACAACAGGUUAUUUGUGAUGGAGGUCGAAGAGCAUUUGAUAAAUUGUGUUUUAAUGAC